AUGAAGUCUGUUCUUUUGUUAGUAUUUGUUUUUAAACUUGAUCUCCUGGCUCAACAAUUAAAGAAGUCUUCGGUUUGUAUUUGCAUGGAAGAACUGUCUUCUAACCUUGAUAACCCACUAAUCAUCCAGAAUGCCGGUGAUGGAACAGAACGUCUAUUUGUUGGCGAGCAAAAGGGUGUAGUACACAUUUUCAACCAAAAUGGAGUUAAGUGUACAACACCAUUUUUAAAUAUAACAGAUAAAGUCAAGGGUUUACUUGGAUUAGCCUUUCAUCCUAAUUUCUCAGUAAAUCGUCGAUUUUUCGUAUACUAUUCUAGUAGAGCUAAACCAAAGAACUCAUCUGACGACCGCGUUACUCGUUUACACGAAUUCCGUGCAUCUCGACAAAAUCCAGAUAUUGCUGAUACGUCAUCAGGAAGAUUAAUCAUGGAAAUACAACAACCAUUCAGUAAUCAUAACGGAGGUGAGAUUAUAUUUGGAGAUGACGCUAUCUUUAUAUAUUUCUUGGAGAUGGAGGAACAGGAAGUUCUGAAGGAGAUGCACAUUAUAGAUUCUACUGUCAAGGAAAGGCUGUCCUUACUCGGAAAGAUUCUUAGAAUAGACAUAAAUAAAAUUGGCAAAAGACAGGGUUAUGGGAUACCACCAGAUAACCCUCUUAUGAUGAAGCCACGGAUGUUCAGACCAGAAAUAUAUGCGUACGGUGUCAGAAAUAUUUGGAGAUGUGGAAAAGAAUCAGGAAGACAUAACGGAAGAAUACUAUGUGGUGAUGUUGGACACACUAGAUCCGAAGAAAUUGAUGUUUUGAAAAAAGGAGCUAACUAUGGAUGGAAAGGUCGGGAAGGAUUUGAAUGUUAUGAUAAUAAGACGUGUGGAAAAACUGUUGAUUCGUUUAAUUAA